UGUAUAUAUUUAAGUUGGUAUUAAUGUGAAACAUCUUGAGUUGUUACGAAGUGACAACUGACAAUGGAGUGAUGGAUUGUCAUCAGCACGUGUUUUGUCGUUUUGUGAUCCGCAUCCGCAGCACUUCCGAUGUUAAGCAAUGUGAAACUGGCCGAAGUUUCUAAAAUAAAUCAGUGUAUAUGUUUUGUAAAAUUAAAGUUAAUCCUAAAACAUCUAGUGUCUCAAUGAAAAAUAUAUGUUAACAAAUCAAAAAUAUAAGUUGGCGCUGCGACAAGUACACUAGAUGAAACGAAUUUAAACCUAAGCUAAGUGUUAGGUGACAAACAAUUAAAGUGUAAAACUAACCUUAAAGCGACCUGUGCAUUGUGCAAGAAACAAGAAAUUAUAAACUGGAGUUUAGAACACCAGCAGCUAUGGUAUUCAGCGGAAAUUUAGCUGAGAAUUAUAGAAUGUUCAAGCAGAACUUUGAAAUUUACCUGGUGGCCAAAGGGAAAAGUUGCCAGACUGAUGCUGUCAAAGUGGCUCUAUUUCUAAACCUGAUUGGUGAAGACGGGGUGCAAAUUUUUAACACAUUGGCGUUGACAGAUGUAGAACGGGCAAGUUAUGAGGCUGUGAUGGCAGAAUUUGAGAGAUACACAAGUCCAAAGAAGAAUGUCGUAUAUGAUAGGUUCAAGUUCUUCACCAGGAAACAAGAGGAAGGAGAGCCAUUUGAUCACUUCCUGACUGACCUCAAGAAGCUGUCAAAUUCGUGCGAGUUUGAAGAGCAGAGUCCUUAAUAAGGGGCAGAAUAGUUCUGGCGAUUAAUGAAAAAAUAAUUGCAGUAGAGGUUGCUGGGUAAAAACGAUUUAAAUCUGAAGAGGGCUGAAGAUGAGUGCAGAGCUUUUGAAAUCACACAAGAUCAAGUGAAAACUGUACAGGGAAAUGAUAGCAGUAGUUAAUAAGGUAGCAAAAGGUGUCAGUCAUAGUCUCGAGAGUGACUCAGUAAAUGAACACUCACCAGCUAGGCCCAACUUAAGACGCAAAAGAAAAUUGAAAAGGAUCAGCAUUGAUGAAACUCCUGUGCCACCUUGUGGCAAAAGGAAGAGAUCUCAAAGGUUGGAAUUGAUGGAUACUGGUCGAAGUUCCAGACAUAGCAUGAAAAUCAAGCCAUUGCAUCAAAGUCUUGUAAAUAAGAUUGAGAAGUUUUGCCAAGCACCUGGCCAGAUGCCUCAACAGUCUUGUAGCAUGCAAGAUAGUAACUCAAUGGAAGUACAACCAAUUGAUGACAACUGGGAUGGUGCCAGUGAAAGUAGCAUUAGCUGGAGUGGUGGAGAAGGCCACGAAGGUGAUGAUGAGCUAACUGAUUGGGCGCCGCCUAUGGACAAUGCCAUAGCUGUUGAUCAACCUCCUUGGGCAGAAAAUGACCCCCGGGAAAUAAGAGCAGGGUGCCGUCGUGUUCGCGAAGAACGCCCAGGCUUCAGUAUCAGCACGAUAGCCAACGAGCGAGUAGCCAGAUUCCUCCAAGACAUGACCAAAUCAGAGUUGCGCAUCUACGGUGCAGAAAGGGAGAAGCUAGGGCAAUUGGCAGCCCUGUAUUCGCUCGAUCUACGAUUCGAAGGUCCCAGCUCUUCAGUUUUGCGCAAGACGAGCCGUACCCUCACCAUGCAGCCGCCUCAGAGGCACCAUUCGCAUCUCAGUGCGAUACAUAAGAGGAUAAGGACCCAUAGUCAUGCAUUUUCUUAGGUUCGCCCGGAAGACGAAUGGAAAAACGUCGCCCAGAAAUUCGAAGACAUUUGGAAUUUCCCACAUUGCGUGGGUGCUAUAGACGGCAAGCACGUAGUUUUACAAGCUCCAAUUAAAAGCGGAAGUGACUCUCACAACUAUAAAUCAUUCUUUAGUAUUGUUCUGAUGGCCUUGGUUGAUGCCGACUACAAUUUCAUGUUCGCGGACAUAGGAUGCCAAGGGCGCAUAUCGGACGGUGGUGUAUUUCAGAACUGUCAGCUGUAUAAAAAAAUUGCGAAUAAUGCUUUAAAUCUGCCUACAUCUUCGCCUCUAAUUGGAAGAACUGUCGCAAUUCCCUUUAUAUUCUUGGGCGACGCAGCAUUCCCACUAAGUCAACACAUAAUGAAACCCUACGCUGGCCAACAUCCAAAAGAGUCUCCUGAGCGAAUAUUUAAUUAUCGGCUCAGCCGGGCACGUCGUGUUGUUGAGAAUGCGUUUGGCAUUGCUUCUAGUGUUUUUCGCGUCUUGCGAAAACCGAUGCUUUUAGAACCCGAAAAGGCACAACUCAUAGUAAUGACAGUAGUUUGCCUCCACAACUUUUUGCGCAGAAGCCAAACUUCAAGAAAUAUAUAUACGCCACCUGGUUGUUUGGAUAGUGAAGUCGAUGGAAACAGAAUACUCGGCACUUGGCGAACUGAUAAUCAGGAAAUAUCAUCAUCACUUUUACCAGUAAGGAACAUACCACGACGAAGCAAACCAGUGCCUACCAACAUAAGAUUGGAAUUUACUGAAUAUUUUUGUAGCAAUGGCGCCGUUCCCUGGCAAAGCAAAUGUGCCUAAAUAAAUAAUAUUUAUCUGCUUUCUCUUUAUCAAUAAAUUAUUACCUAACAAUUAAUUUCAUUUGUUUUUAAUUAAUCGUAAUUAUUAUUAGUGAUAAAUAAAUCAUUUCAGAAGGAGGUCAAACUAAAAUAUGAAGUUUGUUGGGGUAACGUAGGGGGUAGAUUAUUACUUAAUUGGUUUGUUUUCGCAUGAUCAGCUUAAAACCGUUUGAAACUACAUAGACAUAGACUGCAGCAAAGAAAUGUAGCCUAAAUGAUCAGGAUAAUAAUAAUGAUUUAUAUGACAUCUAGUAAAUAAUGAUCACACGGUCUUGAGUAAUGAUACCACACUCUGUAAAAUGUUAAUGUUAAAAAUUACCGAGAUAAUCGUACAAAAAUAAUAGUAAUAUUAAUAAUACCUAGGUGAGGACUUACAUUUAUGCUUCUCCGGGGCUCAUCUUUGUCAUCCAGAAAUCUGAGGUAGUCGAAAGCAAACCAUUGUGACGUAUACGUUUCGUCCUUUCCUAAAAAUACAAGUUUACGAUUUACAGACGGCGCCAAACAAUUUGCAAGUUAAAAAUUAGUCAAUCAUAUGUUUCCUACCUUUCCCUGUUCCGGUACUCUUCUUUACUUUAGCCCUUUCUCUUCUAUAAGAUCCCUUCAAGCUCUCAACUUUUUUCUGUAUAUUUUUUACAUCUCUACCACAUAUUUCUGCGAUCUCCCGCCAAGCAUCAUCUUUCUUUACUUUGUUAAAAUAACUAGGAUGUCGAGGAUUCCAUAAUAUCGGCCUCUGAUGGUAUAAAUCUGUUAUUUCCAAACACUGUUGUCGCGUGAAAUCCAUGAUUGUAUGUCCUUUCCGUUAACAAAAUCCCUGUCGACGUCCACACUGAUCACGUAUGAGCGUGUUCGCCGCAAGCGCUCGCUUUGAUCUACCGACAAAAUUUGGAUCGGGUCGAGCGUGCUCGGCGCACGUUGCUCAGUCGUCCACAUUUGAAUAGGCCUGUAAAAGUAACGAUUUGUUCGCUACCCGUAUGUACUCGUUACUUUUAGAUUGACUACUCGUUACAAAUAUUCGUUACUCGUUACUUUCGUUACUUGGUUGCUAGAAUAAUAUAGAACCAAUUUAAAUACCGGUUGUAUAUGUGUGCGUGGUAAUCGUCAGCACAUUCAUACCAUAACUAAAUUACAAUGAAUGUUGAUGUAGUUGUAAAUAAGUUGGGAAAGGAAAAGAAAUGUAACUGCAAUAUGAAUAAAGAAUUUUUUUUUUAAAUUUAUGAUUUAUAACAUAACAUAGAUCAUUUAAAAUAACAUACAAAUAAAAACGCAUUCUUGAACAAAAAACAAAAAUAAAAAAUAUAAAAAGAAAUCCAAAAAAUAUUAAACAAAACUACCUAUCUUGGUUAUCACAAAAUGAACUAGAAACUUUUAUACCAAUAGUCUUUGGUUCAUAUGUAAAAAGAGAAUUUUUUCAAGGCGUUUCGGUUUCAACGAGGCACGUUUUUCUGAUAAUAUUUGCCCCGACUUGGAAAAAAUUCUUUCCGAUGGCACCGAUGUAGCCAUCACACAUAAGUAUUUUUGUGCUAAAUUAGACAAUUCUGGAUAUAAAAGUGUUCGCGCGUGCCACCAUUUAAGUGGAUUUUCUUUUCUAAAUAAAAGCUUCUCUUCCAUAUACUGCCUAAAGGUAAUUAUACUGGCAGAUGUCUUUGAUGCUGUAGUACUCAUGGUUGUUGUUCUUCUAUCAAACUCUAGCCAAAUAGAGUCUUGUUGCUCGUCAAACAUAGGAGAAUCUGUAUCUUCGCUUUCGGAUUCAUUCACAAACGAUGGUUUUGCCAUCAUCCUUUCCAAUUCUUCUCUCACAGAAUUUUUUGCAUACUCAUAGCAUGAAUCGUCAGC